CCAUGAACGUGAGCAUCCUGAGUAGCAGCAGCUCGCUCAGCGCCGAGACGGAGUACGAGCUCGUGUGCCAAGCGUGGGGCUCGAGGCCGGCCGCCGUCAUCAGCUGGUGGAAGGGCGGCACUCUGGCACUCAAGGAGGCGGUCAUGACGACGUCCCCUGACAGCAACGUAACGACGUCCAUCCUCAAGUACCGAGCCGAGAUGAGUGACAGCGGCAAGUACUUGACGUGUCGAGCGGAGAACAAGCAGAUUCCGCAGUCGGCGAGGGAGGACGGCAUCAAGCUCAACAUUCACUACAAGCCCGUAGUGACCCUCCAGAUGGGCAGCACCUUAGACCCGGAGAACAUUAAGGAAGGGGAUGACGUGUACUUCGAGUGCCACAUCAAUGCCAACCCAGAGGUCCAGCGGGUACUUUGGUAUCAUAAUGGCAAACCUUUAGAACACCGUACCAACCGAGGCAUCAUUAUACAGAACCAGACGUUAGUGUUGCAGAAAAUCAACCGAGAAUCAGCUGGAUUUUACACCUGCCGAGCAGUUAAUAUGGAGGGGGAGGGAGAGAGCCAGCCAGUGGAACUCCAAGUUAUGUAUAAGCCGUACUGCCGGCAGCACAGAAAGACAGUGUACGGCACAGCUUUGCACGAGCCGGCCAGCGUGACGUGCGAAGUCGAAGCCAAUCCCGGUCCUGUGACGUUUCGAUGGACCUUCAACAACACAUCCGAACACCUGCCGAUCCCCGCGUCAGCUGUGUCGUCGCACAACUUCACCUCCGUGGCCAGCUACGCCCCCAAGAGCCACCUGGACUACGGGACGCUCUUGUGCUGGGCCUUCAACGACAUCGGGGUCCAGAGCGUGCCCUGCGCCUUCGCUAUCAUUGCUGCCAUGCGCCCCGACCCCCCGAAGAACUGCUCGAUCGCCAACAGAACGACAGACAUGAUCGAGGUGGAGUGUACGGCCGGAUUCGACGGAGGUUUGCCGCAGACGUUCUUCAUGGAGGUUUAUGACUCGAGCACCUCCGCCCUCCACCGCAACCUGUCGUCCUCGGAACCCGUGUUCGUGCUGACUUCACUCCGGCCUGGUCUUGCCUUCCUGAUGGUUACGUAUGCGGCUAAUAGCAAGGGGAGGAGCGCCUCCUUCAAGCUGGAGACGUUCACGUUGAAAGUUGCUGAGAAGAGGACAGGCCCCCCCACCCUCUUCGAAUUCACCCCCGUGCUGGGCGUGGUCAUCGGCGUGGUCCUUGCCCUCAUCCUCAUGGCCCUCGUCAUCAUGGUGGUCAUGAAAAUGCGUAGGCCGAGUCCGGGGCUUAACGGAGGUCACGGCUCGAACGAGGAGCUCAAGGGCGACCUGGAGAACAAGCCCUUGAACGUGGGCGUGUUGGGCGGAGGGCCGAGGGUCAAGGAGAGUGCGAGCGUGGGCGAGAGCGAGGACAAUGACCCUGAUAUAAUUCCACAUAAGACAGAUGUCAUGACGUACCAGGACUACGAGAGUAUAGACAGGAAAGGGCCUGGCCGUGGGGGAACAAAUAUUGAGAAUGUACCGUCAGUACGCACGCUACCCCACACGGCGGCACAGCAAUCAUCAUUUUACACUCCAGCAUAACCAGAGCCUCCCGAGCAAUAGGGCAUCCUUCGCCGACCUGCCGCUCCCGCCCGACGCCCAGCCAGGCUACCAGGUCAGCGCCACCGACCUGUGCCUCUUCGUCGCCAAGCGGAGGAGCGCCUAC